AUGUCUGCUUUUGACCUGACAAACCAGUGUACAGAGCCUGAGAUAGAAUAUAUCACCCCACGGGUGAAACUGAGGGAUGACAUGCUUGUCUUUGUUGACGGUAAAUGGGUGAAUGAGAUCUGUCGCCAGCCACCCAUUGCUUCCCACCGGAAACUAUUUAGCAAGAAGGCACAGAAUGAGUGGAGCAUCUGGGAGGAGAACAGGGCACUCUGGGAGGAAAACCAAGUCCUCCGGAUUGAGAACAGGAUGCUCUGGGAAGAAAACAAAUCUCUACAACGUCUCCAGUCACAGAACAGAGCUGUUCAGGUUAUUUACACUGAUGCCAUUCAGCAAAGCCUCCAGAAGGAAAAUAAGCCAUUCCCAUUCUUCCAAGAGAGGAAUGUAGGCUUUCAGGUCAGCCCAGGAAACAAAUCUCUCCAGGCAGUCCAGGAAAAGAACAGAGUCUUGCAGGAUUUACAGCAGGAGAAUAAAAGAGUCCCCAACAUCUGGAAAGACGAAAAAGCCAUCACAGUGCUUGAAGAGAGGAAGGAUGCCAGCCCAGACCUUCAUCAGGAUACUGACACCAUCACAGCUGUGGAAGAAGGUAACCCUGGCCCAGCUCCCCAGCAGGAACAUGAAGCUAAGGAGAAAAGCACCACUCCAACCCAGAAUAAGAUCAAGUCCGCCCCAGGCAUGCAAGGUGAGUAUGAAAUCAUCUGGGCUCUCCAGGACCUAUACCAACUCCUCCACAUCUUCCUGAAAGAGAACCGUCUACUUGGGGAGGAACAGGGCUGUCACAUUCUCUACAAUGUGAGCAGAUCCUUCGAAGAAGAUUACAAUGAAUUGAAGCUGCAGCUGAAUGCUGUGAAAAACACUGUGUCAGGAAUCAGGUCUCAAAUUGAAAUGUUGGAAAAGGAGCUCGUUGCCAUCACUUCCCCAAUGUAUGAAGAAGCAGGACAUCAGCUUGAAGAAAUUUGA